AUGGUCGAGUCACUAGAAGAACUCAAGCACUCACCCGCGUGCCAGCCCAAAGAAUAUGUCAAGUCGACCUUCUCAGUCGAGAACCUGACGUGCAACAUCUGCCUCGAGCUGGCGACCAAACCGUAUCAAUGUGCCAGCUGCCAGGCACUCUUUGGUGGACCGUGUCUUGCCAUGGCCUUGGAGACCCGCGACACUUGCCCCAGCUGCCGCGCCACCAUGAUGCCCAUCGCCAGCGGCAUUCUCUUAAACCGUGCUCUAGUCCAAAUUGCCAGCGAAAUUACCAUGUGCUGCCCCCACACCGAGCAUGGCUGUUCAGCCGUCAUCCGCGUCACCGAAGUUGAUGAUCACCUCGCCAAUAAUUGUACCAUGCGCGUCGAAAAAUGUCCGCACGCUGGCUGCGACUUUUCAGGUGUUGCACAGGAAGUCGCAAAACAUAAGAAAAGCUGCAAGUAUCGAUGGCUCAAAUGCCCCAACGGAUGCCGUGCUGAUGAUUUGACAGAGGAUACACUUAAGCGUCACCUUGACGCGCUUUGCCCUGAAAUGCUCGUCUACUGCCCUGAAGGCUGUGGGGCUCGCUUGCGCCGCCGUGAUUUCCUCGAGCAUUCAUGUCCUUCUCACCUGGUCAGCCGCCUGCAGCAACUGGAAGAAGAUGUCAUCUUCCUCAUGCGGCAGGCCCAGACGGCGCGUGACGAACAGCAACAAGCCGAGGCAGCGCUCCAGCGAUCAGCCGCCACGAACCGUGAGCUGCGACGGCGCAUGGCUCGUCUCAAAGCAAAUCACAGCCUCAAGAAUGCCAAGCAGACGCUUGAAGUCAUGCGCAAACAAAUUCGCAAAGGCGACGCAGACGCCGCCGUGGGCUUUUUCCAGGUGGUGCAACGCAACCUCCUGCCCCAGGAGCAGGACGCUAGCCUCUUGAAGGAAGCCAACGGUUAUUUGGCACGGGCUGCCGGCAUUGGUCACCCCUUGGCUCUUGUCACAAUUGGACACAAACUGCGUCGCGUGACCCAGCUUGUAAAUAAUGACGUGGCCGUGGGCCGGUUUGGCGCCUUUUUAGACCUUGACAACUUUCUUUCCCAAUUUGUCAAGCACGUGGCUCGCCCCCAUUACCACCGUUUGCUCCAACAAUAUCUCGCCGUCGUGGAUAGCUUGCACGGCACUGCGGCCACUCACCGCUCGGGCACCGGGGGCUCAUCUGCCCAAAAAGCCAGCGCGACCUUGCGCGCUGGCCCGGAUGACAACGGCCAGGCCCGUAAGCGCGCCAAGCGUGUAAGUUCGGAUGGCCGUGUGGCGUCAGUCGAGCCCAAUGCAGGGCCAGCUGCCCAGGACGUGAUUGGAUCGGCUCCAUGGGAUAAUGUUCCAGUUACCGGGGCGGCGCAGCCCGAAGUCAAGGCGACCACGUCGCAGAAGGCGGGAGUAGCGCUCCUGACGGACAGGGAUCUACGUGCCAUGCGCACCAUGCGUGUGGUCUUGGAGCAGCUUGCUGUGCAUCGGCGCGCUGGAACGUCUUCGCGCCUGGACUUUGUCAAGCAAUUAAAGCUCAAGAUUGAUAUUUUGGAGGCACAACUGCGCUUGGCCUCGAACACUGCUCAUGCCUGGAUUGAGGACACCUCCCUGGCCGCCCGCCCCCUGGCUGAUACGCUGCGCCAUGUCUUGGGCAACCUCGCACAGCUCCUGGACGCGGAGGGCACCCACCGCGGUGACUGGUCCAAGUUUAUGCUGGCCUCUACCGUAGCACCGCGUCCUAUUCCGUUGCUCCGCGACCUCUGGCACGCAGGAAACCAGGAAGCGGCUGUGGACAUGCUCAGCCAACACAUGGGCCGGUCGGUACCACCUGAAUUGUACAUGUCCCUGGGUACUCCGGGCCACGUGGCCAUGCUCACCGACUACGAAAAUGGCGAGUACGAUGAUCUGGAGGUGCUUGAGACACUGGCCUACCGGGGCCACGAGCGGGCCAUGACGCAGCUGGGCGUGGAUCACCUCGAGGGUGCACACGUGACAGCUGCUCUCCACUGGGGCCAGAUGGCAGCUAGCCAGGGUGAUCCACGAGGUAUGGCCAUUUAUGCGGAUAGCCUCUUCAAGUUUAUGCACAGCCCCCGGGAGGAGGAUCGGCGUCGCGUCGAGUACUGGUCACGCAUGGCCUUUGAGGCCGACAACGCCGACCUAUACAUUUGCUACAUUCGCGCCAAGGUGUUGUUGGGUGGGAUUGGCAUCGAGCGUGACCUGGUCCAGGGUCGUGAGCUGCUGCAGCAGGUCGCGGCUCCGCCGUCCAAUCGCUUGCAGACACGGGCAAACGCCCGGCUUGCUGCACUGGAUCGCAACCGGGUCCCCGACUAUGACACGGACGAUGACGAUGACGUGAUGGAUGCUGUCGCUCGGGAGGAGGACGAGGAGUACGAUGAUGACUACGAUUCCCUGGAAGAGGAAGUCCAUGGCCAAAUGUCCUCUGAAUCGGAUACUCACGACGAUGAUUUUGCAUGA